AUGGUGUGGAAGAUCAUCGGGCCACUGCAAGCAUGCCAGCUUCUCUUAGUGGUUUUAUCUUUGCCUCAGGGGAGGACAAGUUCUGUUUUAACUGUGAAUGGUAGAACUGAGAACUAUGUACUAGACACUGAACAUGGUGUCGAAGCAUCUCUGGAAUGUGCUGUUCAAAACCACACCAGGGAUGAAGAACUUCUCUGGUACAGAGAAGAUGGCGUAGUAGAUCUGAAAAAUGGAAACAAAAUCAACAUCAGUUCUGUCUGUGUCUCUCCCAUCAACGAAAGCGACGACGGAGUCCGCUUUACCUGCAAGCUACAGCGUGAUCAGAAGGUGUCCAUUACAGUAGUGCUCAACGUUACCUUUCCUCCUCUUCUAAGUGGAAAUGGCUUCCAAACCGUGGAGGAAGACAGCUAUGUAAGCUUGGUUUGCAACGUGAAAUCCAACCCUCAAGCCCAAAUGAUGUGGUAUAAAAACAACAGCCCCUUGGUUUUAGAGAAAGGCCAUCACCAAAUCCAACAGACAAGCGAGUCUUUUCAGUUGUCAAUCACCAAAGUCAAGAACUCUGACAAUGGGACCUACAACUGUAUUGCCAGCUCAUCUCUGAAAAUGGAGACCAUGGACUUCCACCUGAUUGUUAAAGAAAAAGUUCCAGUUGUGCCGAUAGAGCCCAUCAUUGCUGCUUGUGUCGUGGUCCUCCUGACGCUGGGUUUUGCACUGGUUUCUAGGAGGAAAAGAAUAAUGAAGCUCUGCAUGAAAAAGAAUGACCGGAAUUCAGAAACAGCUCUGUAA